AUGGCUGAAGCAUAUUUGGUGUGGGAUUUAUUUAUUCUCCAAGAAAGAGUAAGGAGGGUUGAACGACGAAUUGAGAGAAGAAUUUUGCGAGAUGCUCAGAAUCCAUUCGAGUUACCACACAAUGAAUUUCUUUCAAAAUUCAGAGUUUCUCAAGAAAUAGUGAUGCAUAUUGUGGAUGUAUUAAGGAAUGAUUUGAUGACAAUACGCAUAAAUGGUUUGAGUGCGGAGAUUCAAGUGUUGACAGCAAUCAAUUUUUAUGCUAAUGGCAGUUAUCAAAGGCCAGUUGGCAAUCAGUGUGAACUUGUUAUAAGUCAACCUUCUACUAGUCGUUGUAUACGCAGA